UAGAAAGAAAGUUAGGUUAAUGCCCAAAUACGCCAAAUAAGUUUAUCUUUAUCCUUUCACUCCUUUGGGUUAUUCUAAUUUUCACUUUCGUAUCGUCCAAAACGCAGAAUUUACAAUUUUAAAAAUUCUUUCCAUCAUAUAUUCUGAAAAAUGUCUAAAGGCGGCAGAGGUAGAGGAUGGCUAAAUAUCAAUAAAAAUCAGAAUAACCCUGUGCCCCCAGGUAAUAUUGUAACUGUAGCUAAACCAAAUAUUCCUUCCGUUGCAGAUGAGUCUCUAUUUACUGAUGCUUCUGAAUACAAAGAAAUUAUUAAUAGAGUCAAAGAGCUCAAUAUAUCUGAUGAUGGUAUAAAGUUUAACCAAAAACUUAGAUAUAUUUUGGAAAAUUGGAAACAAGACUGUAAAAGUAGUGAAGAAGUUGAGAAAAGUUUUGAUGCCUUGUAUCAAGGAUGUUUAAGUGAUGAUGAGUUAGCUUCUAAGCUGGUUAUUAUGAUCUCGUCAAGAUCUUUCAUAUCUCAAGAAGUUCAUGACCAAAAUUUCCGUCUCUUAUUUUUAAGAAAAUUACAGAAUGAUUUUGAAGGUGGCAAAGUUCUUCAGAAAACAAAUCCGAUAGCAUUUAGAAACUGUGUACGUAUGUUAGGGGAAUUUUUUAGUAAAGCAAGACUAGUAAACGGUGAUCCAUUCACAUUUAUGUUAAUUCCAUUGGUAAAUUGUCUAGAAAUGCUCCUAGAUUCACCACAAGUUUCCGAUUUACAACAAGUUGCUUUUCAGUUUUAUUUGAACGGCGCCGCUAUUAAAACUGAAUGUCCUGAUAAGCUUAACGAGCUAUUCAACAAAAUACGAACUCUUCUCACGUCUGACAAACAAAUAUCCAAAGAAGGAAAGCUAUGGCUAUUAUUAUCCAUAGAACUGGGGGCCAACAAGUUCGGAGUGCUGCCCAUAGAUGUCUUUAAAUUUUAUCAAGAGCAAAUCGGUGGUAAUGGAAUGUCUUUGUUUCAAUGUUCCCAAAACAUCUUAAGCGUACAAACGCCAGAAGAUAACAAGACCUUAGAAAACUACAAGAGCAGCGUGAACGUCCUCCAGCUAUCCACUAAACCCGAACCAACUCAACCUGCGUUAGAGCCUACCGUUCCACAAGUCACCAACUCCGUGACUAACUUCACACCAGAAGUCGUCAACCACACCCCAAAAGAACCUCCGAAGACUCAGAACUCCAGUAACAACACAGGGAAGUUCGGAAGACCCAUUUUGGGGGCAGGAGCACGUCUUAACAAAGCGAAAUUCAACAACGAUUCUUCGAAUUGGAGAGACAAGGAUAACUCUUCGACCGGGGGAUGGAAGAAGACCGGGUGGGGGAACAAUGAUAAAAACUCCAAGGGUAAAAGUAAAGGAUGGGAACACGACGACAGGUUUGAGAAUAAUUAUAGUUAAGGUGUAAUUGGUUUAGGUUCGUAAGAUUUGUGGUGAUGGCAUUGUCAAGCACUGAUGAGUUUAUUUCUUGUUAAAAUAGACCAGUCAUAAGCGGUAAAAAACUGUAAAACCGUGGAAUUAUGAGAAUCAACACCGAUUUCUCUUCAAAAUCUACCCUAUGCCGAACCGGGCUUUUGCCCUGGGGGUGAAAACAGCCCCAUCUAGGGGAUGCAAAUUCUUUCAAUCAAAAUAACUAUGGAAGUCGAUAGAUUGACCAAAUCUAAGUAAAGGGCCUAGCCGGGUAAGAUGAUGAAAAGUGCCCCCAACUCGAUUCGAAUUCCAUAUAGGUCGCCGUUUAUCAUAUAUAGUGAAACUCACUUUCUGAAAUUUUUAGCCCCCUAGGUGGUCAUGUCACCCACCUAGAGCCUAAUUAGGGUUUUUAUGUUUUUAUUUUUUAUCUCAGCGGCAUCGAUAAC